AUGGCGACUUCUACUAACAUCCCGACAGCUCAACUAUCGCGUGGUUUAGCCCCGAUCGGGCAACGACAGUAUCAACCGCUUCUGUCCAAGUUGAAACGACCUGAUCUUGUGAGUGCCCAAGGCUUCAUCAACGGAAAAUGGGUCGAGGCACAUGGUGAAGAUCAUUUCACUGUCUUUGAUCCUGCAACGGAGCAGGAAAUCGCCUGUGUUGCGAACAUGGGAGCUGAAGACACUUGUGAUGCCAUAACCGCUGCAUCCGCGGCCCAGCGUCAGUGGAAGAAAACUACGCCACCGAACCGAGCAAAGUUGCUGAAACAGUGGGCUGCUUCUAUUAGCGCCAAUGCCAAAGAUUUAGCCAUUAUCGGAUCUUUGGAAUGUGGCAAACCCUUACCGGAAGCCAAAUGGGAAAUUGAGUUCGCAGUUGGCGCGAUCGAGUAUUUCUCGCAUGAGAUUGUACGCUCCAGUGGGUUCCUGAUAUCGCCGACUCAGCCAUCCCAGAAGAUACUCGUCAUGAAGGAACCUGUGGGUGUAUGUGGUAUCAUAUCACCUUGGAACUUUCCGUAUGCGAUUCUGGGGUUGAGUCUGGGUCCUGCACUAGCUGCUGGAUGCACCACCGUCAUCAAACCCGCAGGAGAGACUCCUCUCUCAAUGCUCGCAUUGGCUAAACUCGCUGAGGAAGUCGGUUUACCACCAGGAGUUCUCAACGUUAUCACAACUUCUAGAGAAAAAUCUGAAGAGGUUGGUAAGGUGUUGACAUCAAUCCCUGACGUUAAGAAGAUCACGUUUGCGGGCUCGACUCAAGUGGGUAAAUGGUUAAUGCGUCAUUCAUCCGAAACAGUGAAAAGUUUGUCCGUCGAACUGGGAGGCAACGCUCCGUUUAUCGUGUUCGAAGACGCUGACCUAGAGAAAGCCCUUGAUGGUUUGAUCCGAUCCAAGUUCUCCAACACGGGUCAGGCCUGUAUCGCUAGUAACCGCAUUUUCGUUCACUCAUCUAUCUACGAAAAAUUUGCUGAUAAAGUGGUGGAACGAGUUAAAACCCUCAAGAUGGGACUACCCCUGGAAGACGGUGUGCAGCUGGGACCUUUGAUCGGGCAUUCCGCAGUUAAGAAAGUGGCUGGUUUAGUCGAAGACGCUGUGGGUCACGGCGCAAAGGUUCUGGUUGGAGGAAACUGCAGUGAUCUCGGCAAGAAUUUCUAUGAAGCAACGGUCUUGACUAAAGUUGACGAGUCUAUGGGAAUCUGGAAUGAAGAAAUUUUUGGCCCAGUGAUCCAGUUAUCCAGUUUUUUGAGCGAGGAAGAAGUGAUUCAGAACGCGAACGACACGACGGCAGGACUGGCGGGGUAUUUCUACACCCAGGAUGUGGCUCGGAUCUUUCGAGUUGCCAGUGAGUUGGAGUGCGGGAUGGUUGGUGUGAACAGCGAAUUGGUAACCCAUGUCGGAGCUCCGUUUGGUGGAAUCAAGGAAUCCGGUAUUGGACGUGAAGGUUCGUCUGAAGGUCUGGAGGAAUACUUGGAGACCAAAAUGGUUUGCGUUGGUGGGCUGUAA